CCGGGUGGCAGACGCCGCUGCUGCCCAUACCGGGUCCCCGUGCCGUGCCGUCUGCUCCCUGCACGUCCUCCCCUCCCCAUCCUCGCCCGCCUGCCAUGGACGGGCCCGCUGCACCCCGGGCCCCGGCCCUGUGGGGCUCCUACGAUGACGACAUCUCGGAGAUCAGCCAGAAGCUGUCAGGUGAAUACUUCCGGUACAAAGGCAUCCCCUUCCCGGUGGGCAUCUACUCGCCAGAGAGCAUCAGCAUCACGGAGAACGCCGAGGUGCAGGAUGAUGACAUCUUCGUUGUCACCUACCCCAAGUCAGGCACCAACUGGAUGAUCGAGAUUCUCAGCUUAAUCAUAAAGGACGGGGACCCCUCCUGGAUCCGCUCAGAGCCCAUCUGGGAGCGGGCGCCUUGGUGUGAGACCAUCUUGGGUGCCUUCAGCCUCUCGGACCAGCCCAGCCCCCGCCUCAUGAGUUCCCACCUCCCCAUCCAGCUCUUCACAAAGGCCUUCUUCAACUCCAAGGCAAAGGUGAUUUACAUGGGCCGGAACCCCCGGGAUGUGGUGGUGUCGCUCUAUCAUUACUCCAAGAUUGCGGGGCAGUUGAAGGACCCCGGCACCCCUGACCAGUUCCUGCAGAACUUCCUCAAAGGCGAAGUGCAGUUCGGCUCCUGGUUCGACCACAUUAAAGGCUGGAUUCGGAUGCAGGGCAAAGAGAACUUCCUGUUUAUCACCUACGAGGAGCUGCACGAGGACCUCCGGGGCUCCGUGCAGCGCGUCUGCCAGUUCCUGGGCCGGCAGCUGGGCGAAGAGGCGCUGGGCUCCGUGGUGGCGAACUCUUCCUUCGAUGCCAUGAAGGCCAACACCAUGUCCAACUUCACACUGUUGCCCCCCAGCCUGCUGGACCAGCGCCGCGGCGCCUUCCUCCGGAAAGGGGUCUGCGGAGACUGGAAGAAUCACUUCACGGUGGCGCAGAGCGAAGCCUUCGACCGCGUCUACCGCGAGCAGAUGCGGGGCAUGCCGACCUUCCCCUGGGACGAGGACCCCGAGGAUGCCAGUCCGGACCCCGACCCCAGCCCCAGCCCCGGCCAGGCCUCCGAGCACCCCCAUCAGUGA